GGUCAUUCCUACGCUGACUUGAAAACAUCACCCGCGAACGAACGAUAAAAAAUCUAAGUGAGUUAGAUUAAGAUUAUAGACUGUCUCGAAAAGUACUGAUGUACCCAACACGCUGGAUAAAUAGGUCUUCAUCCAUUGGUUGCCAACGUCUGAGAAUCCUCUGUAAACAUGUUAGGAUGAAAUCUACCAGUGCAGAAAUGGAAGCAGAGGUAUUACUUGAAGUAAAAAAUAAAGUUGGUGUCAUCACUCUAAAUCGUCCAAAGGCACUGAAUGCUUUGAAUCUGAAUAUGAUCAGGGACAUCUACCCAGUGUUAAAGGAAUGGGAGGCUGACCCAGCAGUAAGUUUAGUCUUAAUUAAAGGAGCAGGAGAUCGUGCCUUCUGUGCAGGUGGUGAUGUCAGAGCUGUAGCUGAAGCUGGGAAAAAGGGGGAUGAUCUUACCAAGCUGUUCUUUAAAGAGGAAUACAUGUUAAAUUAUGCAAUUGGAACACUAAAAACUCCUUAUGUGGCAUUCAUCAAUGGAAUAACAAUGGGAGGGGGUGUUGGUUUAUCUGUCCAUGGCCACUUCCGAGUUGCUACAGAACGCACAGUGUUUGCUAUGCCAGAAACUGCAAUAGGUCUUUUUCCUGAUGUUGGAGGUGGUUACAUGUUACCUAGAAUGAAAGGAAAGUUAGGACUUUACCUUGCGUUAACAGGUCAUAGAUUAAAAGGUUAUGACAUCAAACAUGCUGGAGUAGCUACACACUUUGUUACAAGUGAGAAGUUAACAGACCUUGAGUCAGCAUUACUCAACCUUCCUGAUCCACAGAUGAAUACAGUGCAAAAUGUUUUGGAUAAUUAUGAUGAGAUGUGCUCUGAUGAAGAACAGAAGGAGUUUGUGCUAGAGAAACACAUACAUCAAAUUAACAGCUGCUUUGACAAACCAACUAUAGAGGAAAUUUUACAGGCAUUAAGGGAUGAUGGAUCAGAUUGGGCCAUGAAACAAGUUGAGACUCUACAUAAAAUGUCCCCAACCUCCUUGAAGAUAACCCUUAGACAGUUACAAGAAGGACAAAAUUUAAGUCUUAGUGACUGUUUGAAAAUGGAAUACAGGUUAACCCAGAGGUGUAUGGAGGACAAUGAUUUUUAUGAAGGAAUAAGAGCUGUUUUAGUGGACAAAGAUAAUAACCCCAAGUGGAAGCCUGGAAGUUUGGCUGAUGUGUCAAACAACAAGGUGAACAGCUACUUUAAAACACUGGGAGACAGAGAACUUGUUCUUUGAUGUUUCAUGGUAACCAUCAGUUCUAUAGGGGAAAGAGACUCUAGGACAGAAUGAUGACUACAUGAACUACUCUGGUGGAUGAAAGAAUGAGAACAGCCUCUAUUUCUGCAAUAAAUUCCAUACUGUGUCAUAUUAUGGAUUGCUCUGUCCUCUUGAAUUGUCUAACAAACUCAUCCUGUCAACUGAAUGAUUUAGGCAUAAAACACAUGCACGUGGUUAAUCUAGGUCAAAGAACUUGUGUAAAAUUCGUUUUGAUCCACUUUGGAAAAGAAGUUGGUUGAUGGUUGUGGAAGGAUUGGUUUGCAAAUUUUAAUUAAUACUUGGGCUUGAUGAGAGGGUGAUGUGAAUGAGAAGACUGCAUGUGGCAAUUAUUUUUAUCAUCAAAAACAUUAAAUAAAACUGCU